AUGGCUUCCAACAUGCUUCGAGGCUUGUGGCCUUCGGGUCCAGCAGACCAGACCACCCCCAAAGCAUCAAGCUCUCACUCGAAUGGCGCCGCCGAGCGCAACCCGUUCGACAAUAUGCAUCCCCCUGCUAUGACCAAGCAGUCUUCACGGUCUUCGCUCAACUCAUCCAUCAUCAGCAACCACGUUCCGGGCGACGUCACCCCUGGCCUGCGCACACCCGGUGGCAUCACAUCGCAGUCGGCCAUUCCAACCACCUCCAUCUCGCUCAGCGAUCCGGAUUUCACCAUGAAGCUGCCGCCCGCAAAGCCUAAGCACGAUGCCAACGCAGCUGCUGCGACCUCGGCGAGCAACGGAGUCGCACCUGGGUCCGAAGUCGUUACAACCACAUCAGACUCCUCUUCCAAUGGUGCCACGCAAACCGUCAACUCCGCUUCUGGCACAAGCAAGACACGCAACACAAACGCUCCUCGCGGCCACCUCACCGUAAAAAUUGUCUCGGGUCGCAACCUCGCCGUCAGCAGCCCCGCCGCUCGACCUUACGCGGUGGUUCAAUUUGAUAAGAACGAAUUCAUUGGUCGCGAGCCCAUCGACGAGUUUGGAGAGGAAGCCAAGGGCUUUGCACAGCCCAGAUCCGAAGCUGGCGAAGCAGGUCGAAACCGCGCAAAGACCGUCACCCCUGCUGACGCCCUCUCGCACACGGGCCAAAAUCACAACCCCGUCUGGAAGCACGAGGUCACCUUCGACGUCACCCAGGACUCGCAGCCCAUCUACAUCAGUGUCUACGAUCGUCACUCGGAGGACGAAGGUUUCCUUGGCAUGCGCGAGAUCAAGCCGCGUCUGGUCCACAAGAUGAUGAGCGACCAGUGGUACCCGCUCUCGUCGCGCGACGACCAGGAAGGCAUGGAGAUCCACCGCGGCGAGAUCCGCGUUCAGAUCUCUUACGAACGCAUGCCCCAGAAAAAGCUUACUCCACACGACUUUGAGUAUCUCAAGCUCAUCGGACGCGGUACCUUUGGCCGUGUCUUCCAGGUGCGCAAGAAAGACACCAAGCGUAUCUAUGCCAUGAAGGUGCUCUCCAAGCGCGAGAUUGCGCUAAAAAAGGAGGUGACGCACACCAUGGGCGAACGAAAGAUUCUUGAAAAAUCGCUCGACUGCCCUUUCCUCGUGGGUCUCAAAUUCUCGUUCCAGAGCGCUACCGAGCUCUACUUUGUCACCGACUACAAGUCCGGCGGCGAGCUCUUCUGGCAUUUGCAGCGCGAGGGCCGCUUCACAGAGGAGCGUGCGCGGUUCUACAUUGCCGAGCUUGUCCUGGCGCUCGAGCACCUGCACAAGUACAACAUUGUCUAUCGAGAUCUCAAGCCCGAGAAUAUCCUGCUCGACGCCACUGGUCACGUAGCGCUGUGCGAUUUUGGCCUUAGCAAGCCCGACUUGGGCGCUGGCCAGCUGACCAACACCUUCUGCGGUACCACCGAGUAUUUGGCGCCCGAAGUGCUACUUGACGAGUCGGGCUACUCGAAGCUCGUCGACUUCUGGUCUUUGGGUGUUCUGCUUUUCGAGAUGUGCUGUGGCUGGUCGCCGUUCUACGCAGAGGACACGCAGCAAAUGUACCGCAACAUUUGCUUUGGCAAGAUCAAGUUUCCUCGCGGCGCGAUCGGUGACGAUGGAAAGCAGUUUGUCAAGGGUCUCUUGAACCGAAACCCGCGUCAUCGUCUGGGUGCCGCUCGCGAUGCACAGGACCUCAAGGAGCAUCCCUUUUUCAAAGAUAUCGACUUUGACGCGCUCGCCAAGAAGCAGCUCACUCCGCCGUUCAAGCCGCUGGUCGAGUCGGACGAGAGCGUGGCCAACUUUGACCCCGAGUUCACCGAGACCGAUCUCAAGGACGUUGCUGUGAUCCCUGGCUUCGAAGGCUCGUCCACCGAUGCGGCGAAUGCGCUGCAGAAUGGGGAUAUUCUGUCGGAGAAGGAUGCCAAUGGCAAGGGUGUGGCCAUCAGCAAGGGCAGGGGAGGCGAGGACGAGGAUGACCAGCUGCUGACCAGGAGCAUCCAGGACAAGUUUAGGGGAUUCAGCUACAGCGGCACGUACGAAGGCAGUGUGGCGGGAAGCUUUGGUGGUAGAAGGGGGUCGGCUGGGUUUGGCCUCGCGGGGGCCAGUUUGGGGAUGAGCAGGAUGGGCGUCAACGACGAUGAUGCCAUGGACGCGGACGUGGCAGCGUUGGAGUCGUUGGAUGCUGACGAGAUCAUGCACUCGCAGUAG